AUGCAUCUACAGCAAUCGACAAUAGAUGACAAUAUUAGGGCUAUAGAGGACUUACACCGUCAGGCUGGCUAUCAAGCGGCAGACCUGUACAAUUACGUCCAGCUAGUGCAUGGAGACCUUGGAGCCUUUGAAAAACUCGAGUCGGCUCGUGAGCAUUGUGCUGCCGAAGAGAUACCUGGACUCCGAAUGCAGUAUCUUAUUCACAUUCCAGGUCUCUUCCAUGUUUGGAUGGCAGGGCUCGAAGGGCUAUAUAGAGCAUGGUUUUCCCCUUUGGCCCAUCUACAUCCUGAGAAAGAGAAGGAAAAUCGAAAGAAGACCAAUCAUACUGGUGUCAAACAUACAGAUGCUCUCCGCUGGCUCACACUACUAUGCCCAAAAGAAAAGGGAAAAUUCUCCUCGAGUUCUAUGCCAGACCUUCACCGCCUCGAGUCUUCACUGACUCAUACUAGCUGGGGGCUUGUACUGGACUGCUGGCAUCUUGCUGUUAAGGCUAAAGACCCAAGAUGGGAAACCCUUGCUGACUGGGUGAAGUCUAAACCAAAAUGGGAAGAUAUUGUCGCGAUUUCCCAUGAAAUGGUGGAACAGUUCUUGCCUGGGCCUGCAUUUGACCGGGAAAGGUUAACUGCGAAUGCUGAUCAGGUCAACGCAAACUCGAAAUUGUAUCUUCGUGACCUCAUGGAUUGUACAAUCUUCAAGGCAGCAGUCUCAUCUGGGGAUAUCGGGCGAGUGGAGCAGGUGCUAUAUUCUUGGGUGCCAAUGUGGAAAUCGACUGGGAAGCAUAAAUAUGCAAGGAUGAUAUCCAAUUUCCUAUAUCGCCUCCGUUUUGAGUACCCCAAACCACUGAGUCACGCAAUACGUAUGAAUUGGGUGUUUUGUCCUACAGGGAAAAAUGGCCAGUAUCGAGCCGUUGAUUGGGGCGUUGAAGAGAUAAAUCUUCACACAAAAGUGCUCUGGGGUGGUGCAGGUGGUCCAUCGAGAACGUGGAAUCUAAUCUAUAAACACUCUAUUCUGGUGGGAACAUUCCGAAAAGCGAUGAAAAGUUUGGAGAGAAACUUCUAUAUAAAAAGCACAGCUGUUCUUCACCCACCACCCAAAAUAGAGACACACGUGACACCACCUCGAAAAGAGAGGGCUAACGUUGGCCAUAACAGAAGCACACACACACACACCCUAGCACCUUACCACUCACCUACCAACAGAUCCAACCCCCACCAUGGCCGAACGUCAAAAUUCGGACCCAGGAGGGACAUCCGACAGUCACCCGACGCCGACACAUCAAACGCUCAACAAUUGGUCGAACCUCAACGCCACACAGCUCUCUCUCCACAGCCAAGCAGACGUAGUAAUGGAGACCGACACCCUCUGGCCUAG